CGAAAACAACCACCACAUCAGAGGUAGUGAGGUAACCUGAUCCACUGCAAUGAAUCCUCAAAGUGUUGCCUGCUGACCUAGUGCAUCAAUGAAUACACCCAUACACCAUAUAGCUAUACCAUCAACACACUUACCAAGGUAGUAGGUAUACUGUACUGAAACCAACGUUCUUGCUCUGUGCAUAACACAUAAGUAUUGUGAGUACAGACAAUUAUUGUCCAAGUCUGCAAGCAAUUUGCUUCUGUACUUCCUCUCCCCCCUCUCUCCCCCUCUCUCCGCUCUCUCCCCUCCUCUCCCUCCUCUCUCCUCAGUUUCCCUGUGGCCACUGGCCCAGCUGUGCCUCAGUCCCGAGGAAACACAGAGAUUUCUUCAUCUCACUAACGUCCGCUCCGAUCUCGGCCGGGGGAGGGCGUGGCUUCGAGCUGCCAUCAACGAGAGGACGUUAGAAACAUAUCUCCAUCUCAUUCUUGCCAGCACCAAAUUAGAGUCUCUGUAUGAGCCUCACUCCUAUCUACUGGACCAGGAGAGGAGCAGCAUGCUCCCGAUCAUGGCUGCCGGUCUCUGUUCCAUUCUGUUCUCCAUCUCCCUGGACUCAGACUCCCUCAACACCCCAGUACGGACUCAGGACACCUCCCUUGAGGCCACACCCCUUCCCUCUGGCCCCGCCUCUAAACUCCUCGAUGUUCAACCCAAUCAGAAUGGUCAUGUGGCGGAAAGUAUAGUGAGAAAGAAGAGACGAAAGAAGCCUUUGAGCCACACCCCCAAGAGUGACAGCGAGUUUACCCCAAACAAGGAAGAGGGUGUGGUUGAUAUAGAAGAUAAGGGCGUGGCCCUGUUGCCAGGGGGCGUGUCACCUGACAACCUGUCUUCGUCCCCAAGUCUGGCUAGUUUCGGCUCUGACCUUGAGACGCCGAGGUUCGUUGCCCUGGAUACGGUGCUCGGGAACCAGAGCAGCUCCGAGGCCGAAGCAGAGGCUGCCGUCACGGCAACAGCCAUGGUCCUGUCGGCAACUCUCUCCUCCCCCUCCGUCCCCAGACCACACCCACUGAGCUCUCUCCAAGCCUCCUCGUCCUCGUCGUCCCAUACUCUGUCCCCCGAGGAGCUGAGAGAAGCUCUCCUGGCUAUGGUGAAGACCAAAGAUGAACUGGAUGAGGCCAACAAGCAGCUGGAGGAGGACCUGAGGAUGGUGAGGGAUGAGAGAGAUCGCCUGGCAACGGCGCUGACCCGCUCUCAGACCCAACUGACUAGUCUCCAGUCUGCUCAUCUUCCCCAACAUGCCCUGGAGAGGGAGAAUGACAUUCUGAAGGAGCAGCUGAAGAUGAUGGUCCAGAGAAGAGACUCUUUGAGGUUCGGUGACUCCACCCCCAUACCUGGAGACUCCACCGUGGAAAACAGCACUACCUACGAAGAUGAAGAGCUAUUGUCAUCUGGUACCGUGGCAACGAGACCACGCCCACCUGGAUCCACCCCCUCCAACAACAAGUUGUCCGAGAUGGCGGACAUGCACGGUGAGCUACUGGAAUUGAAUGAUCGUCUUCAAAGAGACCUGGCUCUCAAAGACAAUUACAUCACCAAGUUAAUUAACACCAUCCAGGAGGCGGGGCUUCAGGUUCCCGUGGUAACCAGGGCACAAUCCCCACCACCAUCGACUACCGACGAGAGCCAAGAUGUUGUGAGUGUGUGGAUUCCGUCGGUCAUCAAAAGAGGGCGUGGCCCCGAGGCCCACCACAUCUACCAGGUGUUUGUAAGGAUCCGAGACCAGGAAUGGAACGUGUACCGGAGGUAUGCCGAGUUCAGGGAGUUUCACAAGCAGCUCCAACAGUGUAUUCCUGAAAUCGCCUCUUUCCACUUCCCUCCCAAGAGAGCCCUCGGCAACAAGAGUGCUCAGUUGGUGGAGGAGAGGAGACAGAAGCUACAGGACUACCUACGCGUGGUGAUGAGACUCUGCACCGAGCCUCGCGUGGUUCAGGGGAAGAGACGACGUCAUCAACUGGACCCCAUCAUGAAGAAAGACAUUGACAGAGACACUCUUCAGGAUAUACUCCCCUUCUUCAAGGAGGAUAUGCAUAGUUCGACUCCAGCAGUCUCCCAGACUCACAGACUAUCAUACAGUGGACUAUGACUCAAGUGUGUCCAGUUCAGUCUUUGUGUGCAUUUAUCAGGUAUUGUCAUAUUAUGGUUCACCACAGACUUUUGCAAAUCACGUACAUAAACCAGCGAUUCACGGAGAAUACUUUCAACAAUAGCAAUGCUGAUUGGCAAGGCCAACUGUCAGGGCUUUUUGAGAGCGGGGGAUCAUGGCACGUGUGUUAUUCAAGAUUGGAACCGUUGUUUUGAACAAACGCUCGUGUUUCGCCUUCAUUACCCUCAUCCACUAACAACGAGAACGAUUUUUCAUAAAAUUACAAACACCACAAGAGUUAAUUAAUUGUCGUUAAGCUAGGAGCCCAGUUUAAGACUGGAAUAGUCCCCCAACA